CCUAUAUAAGAUAAAGGUUCCCUGCUCUGUUUAUAGCUUCAUCAACCACACACACACACACACACACACACACACACACAAUAUCCAAACAUGCAAGAUUCUCCAGGAAAGCCACGGUCCGCAUCCGCAUCCACCUUCCCACCCCAAGAAUACAGCUCCGAAGACUCCGCCCCUUCAUCCCCAGAUCCACUCGAGAUGACCCUCCGCCAGCUCCGUUCCCGGUCCAAAAACCCUAAAGACGCCAACACCGAAGAAGAAGAGGAAGAGGAAGAGGAAGAAGGAGAAGGAGGAGGAGGAGAAAAGGAAGACUACAGCUAUCUCGAACAAAAAGGCUACCACAACUUCGCGCCAGGCCCGUACAUGAACGCAGCCGCCCACCGGCCAAACUACACGAUUAUGAAGCGCCCCCCCGUGAACCCCGUCCUCGCCUCCGUCCAAGAAUACAUGGCCAAGUCCAAGCCCCUGGAAUACACACUGGCUAAAUCGGAGGUGUCGCUCAAUAAGCUCGAAGCCCUCAUUGACCUGUCCAAGACCUCGGGGCUGAUCGAGCGCGGAGAGGAAGAGGACGCGGCGGAGUGUGUGCGGCGCGCGAUGACGAUUGCGAAUACGUUAGACGCCAGGGCGCUUGUCAUGAGGUGUGAGAAAUGGCUUGCGAAGUUCCGGGAGGUGAGGGCAGAUCCGCAGUUGUAUGCGCAGUGGUCUUCGGGGUUUGGGAUGGGUGGGUUCUUUGGUGGGUACGCGAGGAGGACUGGUGUCAAUGCAAAUGCAAAUGCAAAUGCAAAACCAAGUGCCAGUGCCAGUGCCAGUGCCAGUGACAAUGCCAACGCCAAGUGGCUUUUCCAGGGUUAUGUGUCUGAGGCUGGGUCUGGAUCGGACUUUGAUGAGAAAGCCCAGGUCAAGGCUCAGGCGAAGGGUAGAGAUAUGAAGGGGAAUACAAAAGCAAAGCAAAAGAAUCUUUGCUACUAUGUCUCUAAAGGGACGCAGACCUCGCCACUUGCUUCUCCCGGUCUGGGCUGCGCGAAACCAACUGAAAAACGCAUAUGGCCCCAGAACUCGAGUUCCGGUGUCUCAUACCGAGUCUCGACGCGGACUCCGCUUAGCAAGGGAUCCAAAGGUAGAAACAGAACCCGGGGUAAUCCACUCCGACGAUUUCCCGCGCGUCCUAAGCCCUGGCUUGUACAAGAUAUGGAAGAUGUGGCUAUUGCCACCGGGCACCGGAAAGGCUCAUUUAUACUCGAAGAGAUGGAAGCAGAACAGGACUCGCCCUUCGGUCCGGAACAGAGGGAGUUUACCUUCGCCAUGGAUGUCACCGAAAGGGCAUCGCGUGUGCGCAAAACGGAUAUCUUCCCUCAGCAGAGCUGGGAGUUUAUUGCGGAUCCAGGGCAGUGGGACUGGUUCAAAGCGAAGAUGAAGAAUGAGCCUGUUACGCUGGAGUUUUUGGAGUGGGAGAGGGAGAGGAUGAUUGUUUUGGUCGAACAGAGAUUGUGGAUGGAUGGUGAUGAUGAGAUGUUUUAG